ACGAACGGAUAAAGCGAUAGAACAAUUGCGAUAUUUCUUAAGAAACGUGGAAGAUAAAUCAGAACAGGAUCUAAGAAAGGUAUCAUAGAAUUUUAUACUCAUUUGCAAACAUGUUUUGUAAUAAAUCAUAGGGUAGGAACUUGAGUGUCGGUCACUCCGUUGUCCCUAGAGCCCCAUACCUAUAACACCAUACUUAUAACACCAUACGUAUAACACCAUACCUAUAACACCAUACCUAUAACACCAUACGUAUAACACCAUACCUAUAACACCAUACCUAUAACACCAUACCUAUAACACCAUACCUAUAACACCAUACCUAUAACACCAUACCUAUAACACCAUACCUAUAACACCAUACCUAUAACACCAUACCUAUAACACCAUACGUAUAACACCAUACCUAUAACACCAUACCUAUAACACCAUACCUAUAACACCAUACCUAUAACACCAUACCUAUAACACCAUACCUAUAACACCAUACCUAUAACACCAUACCUAUAACACCAUACCUAUAACACCAUACCUAUAACACCAUACCUAUAACACCAUACCUAUAACACCACACCUAUAACACCACACCUAUAACACCAUACCUAUAACACCAUACCUAUAACACCAUACCUAUAACACCAUACCUAUAACACCAUACCUAUAACACGAUGCACAAAAAUAUAUUUCUACAGUCAUGUUUUCAACUAAUUAUGAAAGCUAUGGUUCAUCAUACACACAAAUGAACAUAAUUUUAAACUGUGUAAAAUAUUUUAGGCAUUAAUUCAGCAAUUGAUUGAUAUAUUAAUGAACGGUGUGAGUGAGAGAAGUUACAUGAUGCAACUGACGAGUCCUGCCUCGCCAUCCAAAACAUCUUUUACCGGCUCCAGUUUCCAAUCCAAUACUCAGUUCUCGGAUAAAGGGUAUGUAGUCAAUAUAAGUAUUUGUAUAUAUACUUUUGUAUAUAUUUGUAUAUAUACAAAUUUGGAGUACAAAUUCGACAUUGCACGCCAAAUUUGGAUUACUUAUUUUAUGAUACACACUGCAGUACUGUACUCAGCUUUAAUCUGAAUAGUACUAUCUAACUGUUGUACAGGGUGUCCCAAAAAUUGGUUAAUUACUAUAACGUUUAGUAAUUAAUGAACAACAGAUGGGACAGCUUUUGGGACACCCUGUAUAACCAGUUGGUCACAGAGUUUUUGUUGACGAAGGUUGAAUGUACACCGAACUGACCAUAUGGCGCUUAUUCAUGUAGCAGAUCUUUUGACUAAUUAUAUAGUAACAUUUUUUUACCCUCUAGUUUAUGUUUCGUUCCUCGCAACGUAACAGAAGACGUGAUUUUAUUGUUGUUGCUUAAAGAAGCCUUG